AUAGUUUGCAUAUCUUGGUCCGCUCCUGCCGCUGCUCAGCGAGGGUUCCCCUCACGGUCCUGAUUGGAUGGUGGGAGGACCAAUGGGCAGGAGUGAAACAAGUUAUCCAACUCUCCAGUGCUGCUCAACAAAACCAGAUGACAUCCACUGACUUUUCAAACAUUUUUCAAUCUGUAACUGACGUGCUCCAGAGUAAAGCCCGAGGACUAUUUUCAUCAUUUUGUUGACUUGAACUUCAUCCAGGAUGGGAGCCUACCACAGCUAUUUAUUUCUGUAAAUCGACAGAUGCACCUGUUGGUUUAGGGGAAAUCUGCUUGCUUGAGGCUGAACUCAGUUGUUGGGAUGGCAUCUGAUACUCUUCUUCAUUUGGAGGAUGAACAGAGGAGUAGACUGAAUUGUGUAGCUCACAGCAGCUUAGCUAUCUGUCAGAAUGCAGAACUGCUGCGAUACCAGGAGACUGCUGAAGACGACUCCUCCAAGUACAGAAGAUAUGGAUCUCGCUUUGGUGGGGUCAAAGUUCGCCACAAAAGACAGGUGCUGCAGGACAUGGCCCGGCCUCUCAAACAUUGGCUGUACAAACACCGGGACAACCCGUACCCCACCAAGACCGAGAAGGUUCUGCUCGCUCUGGGCUCCCAUAUGACUCUCGUACAGGUGUCAAACUGGUUUGCCAACGCUCGGCGGAGGCUGAAGAACACGGUUAGGCAGCCAGACUUGAGCUGGGCCCUAAGAAUCAAACUGUAUAAUAAAUACAUCCAGGGAAAUGCUGAGAGACUAAGUGUAUGCAGCGAUGACACCAACUCAGAUGAUGAUGACUGUCCAUUACAAACGCCCAUCUCUUCAUCAGACUUAGGAAGAUCCUCAUCCCACAUGUGUGGGAUAAAAAACCAGGGUGGCGUGCUCACCAUGGCCGACCUGGCCAACAGCGACGACGGCACCUCGCCGCCAUCAAAGUACAAGAGCAGCUUGCUGAAUCGUUACCUGAACGACACCCUGCGGCACAUGAUGGCGGGCAAGGCGGAUGGCGUCGCCCUAAAAAGGCGGAACCACUCCGAGUCCUUCAGUUCAAACGAGUGCGACAGAGACGCUGUGUCCCCAGCGUCCUCCUAUGACACAGACAACAACUUCAUCUAUCAAAUGGUUACCUUGUCAAGAAAUGACCAGGCCAAAAUCAAAAGUCGUUCUGCAACACUACUGGACAAUUUACUAUCUAUAAAAAAGCAGCGAGCCCUGUCAUUACCCUCGCUACAAGUUCACCAUGAAGUAAAUUUAAAACUGGCAAGAGAGACUUUGGACUAUGCAUCAUCAAAAUGUGACAGUGGUCAGCCUCAGGAAAGAGGUCAGGAGAGUCAAAACAACCAAGACUGGCGAGAGAUCAAUGCGGCCGUGGCCUUGACCAGUCUGGCCCACGGGCAGAGCUGUCAGAACAUCACGUCGUCGCUUGGCACAACCCCCGGGCUGAGCUGCCACAGGGAGCCCCUGUCCAUCGCAAGGAGCAACAUCCCUGGCAGGAAGCCUGUCACGACGCCCACCUCAGUCCUGAAGCAAAGCUGCACUUCUGAGCAGUCCACCCUCACCAGUCGCAUCAUCCAAAAGUCGUCCCACAUCUCCGAAGUGCAGACUAUCAAAGCGGGUCUGGCCAACAGUGUGUAGGAACUCAACAUGCGACAAUCAUCUCUGCCUCAAGGCAGCCUUUGACUUUUAAAAUGUUUGAGAAAUGUAAAAAAUAUAGAUAAGACUGUAUUCUCCCACAAUGUGUGUGGUUUUUUUUUGUUUUUUGUUUUUACAAUGUUACUGAUGUAUUUCUAUUGUGUUUUGUUAUAAGUUAACUUCUUUGAGACUGGAUCGUCAUCCAAUGCCCUUAGUUUGACCACAGCUUUCCAAUAAAGUCAAUGUUAAGUUUCUUCAA